AUGUCAUCCCUCGAUAGUACUGCUCCCUUUGCCCAUUCUCCAGUACCUCCCACAUCUCAACCGACUGGCGUACACGCCCAAGAUACCGCUUCCUACCCUGGCGUCGCCCCCCGCCAAGUUGUGCGGAAGGAAGAUGGCACAGAAGUCGAGCUCGUGACAUUUCCACCAGGUGACGAAAGCAACCCCAGAAAUUGGCCAUUGUGGCGAAAAUGGUCCAUUGUUGCUGUCAUCAUUCCAAUCGAUCUCACAGUCUCAUGGGGUGCCUCGGGCUUCUCGCCAGGCGUAGAGAAGUUCGAGAAGGAUUUCGGUGUCGGCAGUGAGAUAGGAACGUUGGGACUGAGUAUUUACGUGCUUGGACUGGCCUUUGGACCAAUGACACUCGCACCGCUUUCGGAGUACUACGGCCGAAGUCCCAUCUAUAUACUCUCUUAUGGAGUGUUUCUUUUCAUGCUGGUGGGUACUGCAUUGGUAGAUAAUCUUGGAGGUUUCUUAGCAUUGCGAAUACUAUCUGGCUUGUUCUCGAGUGUCACCAUUGCUAACUUUGGGGGAACCAUCGCGGAUCUUUUUGAGCCACACGAGACGGGAAUACCAAUGAGCUUCUUCCUUUGGGCUGCAACAUUUGGAAGUCCAUCGGGCUACUUUCUGUUCUCUUGGAUUGCUCAGUACAAGCCUUGGCGAGACAUAUUCUGGGCUCUACUAGGCAUCUGUGGCGGAUUCUGGUUGAUCAUGACUAUCACCCUCAAGGAGACACGCCACAGCAUCAUAUUGAUCAGACGGGCAGCAAAGGAGCGGAAGGAGCGAGGCACUCAUGCCAUCGAAGUCCCGGAUUCGAUGAAGCAGCGCGGUGUCAAACAAUUGUUCCAAGUAGCACUAUCAAGGCCAUUCCGUUUCCUUUUUACUGAAGCGAUCAUUGUCUUUGGGGCGCUUUACAACGGUUACUUGUACGGUCUAAGCUUCUUAUUCAACACUGCGUUCCCUAUUGUGUUUGGCCCGGCAGGACAUGGGUUCAAGAUCAGCAAAAUUGGAAUGUCAUUUCUUGGCAUCAUGGUAGGCAUCAGCAUUGGGCCUAUCACAAACCUUUGGCAGGAGCGAUACUACCAGAAACGCAUUGCAAGGAAGGGUAGCAAGGACGAACCAGAAGCUCGAGUGCAAAUGUCACAACUAGCCGGCAUCACAUUUCCUAUAUCCCUGUUUUGGUUUGCUUGGACGUCGUUCACCAGCGUCCACUGGAUCGUACCCAUCAUCGCCUCGGCUUUAUGGGGCUGGUCCUUCUACACUUUGAUCUUGAUGACGUACAUGUAUACAGAAGACUCCUAUAAAGUCUUCUCCGCUUCUGCUUUGGCUGGCUUGGGGUUGGUGCGUAAUGUUGCUGGAGCGGGCUUUCCGCUUUUUGGCAAACAAAUGUUUCAAAACUUGGGCAAUCAAUGGGCUGCCUCAACUCUGGCAUUUCUAGCUUUAUUGAUGAUUCCGAUACCGUUCAUACUCGCCCACAAGGGCAGAAGCUUGAGACUGCGAAGUCCAUGGGCGAGGCAACAUAUGGACGAUCUGACGGAAGAAGAGGAAGAAGCUGAUAAGGAUUUGAGUCAAGAGGCAUGA